AAUAAGCAGUAAAAAAAUAAAAAUUGCCUUGUAGGCCUACAAGUAUAUUUUGCUUCGUUUCCAGUAGCUGACAUUUUGUCGAGGAUAAUGAAAAAAUCAACAGAUAACAGUGAGCGAUUUUAAUUUUUUCCAUCAACUACCCAAUGGAUACUACAGCUUCAACAACACCUUCAAUACCUCACGAUAAACAUUUUAUUCUGAUUGUAGUAGCCACAUGUAGUGGAAUUUUAUUCAUGGCGUCUAUCAUUAUGCUGAUUUGCUGCAUCCAGAAAAGGAACAGACUGCGGAAGAAUGCAAAAGAACGUGAGGUGAAUACAACUAAAAUCGAUCUACCAAAAACAGAUGAAACAAUUUUAUCGCUGGAACACAUGACAGCCCAUCAUGUCGUUGAAUCACCAUUUCAAACUGACCCUGUUUUAUAUUCAACAAUAGACGAUAUGACCACCUCUGGAAAGGGUAGACUACUUGUUAAAAAUGUCUUAUAUGAAGAGAAUUCUUCUGGUAUUACAAAUCCUGAAAUAGUAAACAAUAUAAUAUACAACAUGGAUGAAAACACUGCUACCAACGGUGAUCACGUUAAUAAUGAUGACAACGGCCAUGAUAUGGUGGAUAACGUGCUUUAUGGAACAAACGUAGCGCAAUGAACAUAGAGCACGUCAUUAUAUCUAUAGUUACAAAGUUAACAAACAGUUCAGGUAAAGUUGACUUUAAACAAAAACAUAUCACAAAUAAAAUUCCGACCAAUAAUUAGCCUAUAAUCUUCCACAGACCGUUGUUGAGAUCGCAUGAAGUGUCGAAUUCGAAAUUAGUUGUUUUUGUUGUUGAAAAUCGCUCUCUUCUCAUCUAAUGAACCAAUCGAUUUUAAAUUUUUAGUAUCCACUAGAACAGGCGUCGGCAACCUUUUGUCGCUCGCGGGCCAAAAUUAAGGGUUGCAAGUCAUUGGCGACCCGCACAUAUUUUCAGAAA